CCACAUUUGCAGCAGGAACAGAGAUUGAAAACAAGGGAUUAUUUUAAAUCUGAAGCCUCAGGAAGACGAAGAGAACGAAUCCUGUUGCCUUGGGCUCCUCUACCAAAUUAAUAAUUCAGUUUCAUAAGAUUAAGCCAAUUUCAUCUUUCCGGAUGCUGUUUUUUAUAUUUCUUUCCCUUCUUUGUGCUGGAGUAUCAACUGCUUCAGACCAGAGAACGUUCUCUUCCUACUCUGGGGAAUAUGGUGGUAAUGAUGGGGACUAUUUUGAUCAGUCCAGCAACCAGUUUGAAGGCCCUAUAUCAGCAAUGAAAAUAAGGUCAAAUGACAGAAGUAUACUAAGCAUCCAAGUUCGCUAUGGUGACACAUGGUCCAAUAAUGAAGGCAGCACAGCAGGCCGCCCUUCGGACAUGCACCUGUCCUUUGGAGAGGGAUUGGUGCAGGUGAAUGGCCGUUUUGGAAACUCUGUGGAAUACCUGGCUUUCCGCACCAACAUGGGCCAUGUCUUUGCCUUUGGGCCGAAUUCUGGUUUGGGAAUGCCUUUCACUGCAGAGCCCUCGCACCCCAACACGGUUCUGAGGUUCAUCAGUGGGAGGUCAGGAUCGAUGGUCAAUGCCCUUGGUUUCCACUGGGAUGAAGAUCAAUGGAUGAAAGGGUGGAAUGAAUCCGUCCACUCUCCAGAUCCACCACCAGUGACCCAGAUAUAGAUCGCUCUACCUUUAAUUCUCACCCUUUAAAUCAAUACAAACGCUACACAAUCUCUUUUGUUUUCCUUUGGAUCUUGGGGGGAGUAUGGGAGAAGAAAAAGGAAGAGGGAAGGAUAGGGAGUGAUACAUUUUUGCUGUUAUUACCCUGGUUUUGAUGGUCCCUUCCUUCAUUUUGAUUUUGCUUCCUUCAUUUUGAUUUGGCUCAUUAAAGAGAUGUUAAGCUCAAACCAUGGAUCAAAGCACUAAAAAAAAUACAGAUAGUCCUCGACUUAUGACCUCAAUUGAGCCCAAAAUUUCUGUUGCUAAGCAAGAAACAAGUUAAGUGAGUUUUGCCCCAUUUUACGACCUUUCUUGCCACAGUUGUUAAGUGAAUCACUGAAGUUAGUAAUAUGGUUGUUAAGUGAAUCUGGCUUCCCCAUCGACUUUUCUUGUCAUGGGACACUGCAACUGUCAUAAAUAUGAGUCAGUUUCCAAGCAUCUGAAUUUUGAUAACAUGGGGAUGCUGCAAUGGUAAUAAGUGUGAAAAAUGGUCAUAAAUCACUUAUUUCAGUGCCGUUGUAAAUUUGAACGGUCACUAAAUGAACUGUUGUAAGUCAAAGACUACCUGAAUCUUGAAAAAAAUGAUUUGAUACCUGUAUUAUACAGGUAGUCCUCGAUUUACAACCAUUCAUUUAGCCACCAUUCAAAAUUGCAACAGCUUUGCAAAAAAGGGACAUGACCAGUCCUUGUACUUACUACCAGUCCUCACACUUACAAUCAUCAUCACGGCCACAUAAUCAAAAAUUUGGACACUUGGCAACUGGUGUUUUUACAACGGUUGCAGCACCCUGGGGUCAUUUGAUUGCCAUUUGUAACCUUCCCAGCCAACUUUUGACAAAGUAGGCCAAUGGUGGAAGCUGGAUGUGCUUAACAACCAGGUGAUUCACUUGAAUGACUAACUUGCUUAGCAAUGGAAUAUCUGGUCCAGGAGUGGGUUCUACUUACCUUUACUAUCGGUUCGUAUUGGGAGCAUGCUCAGAUCACUGAUGAUGAUGCCUGGGUUGGUGGGCAGAGCUUCCCGCCAGUUUUACUACCAGUUCUUGCAAACCGGUCUGAACCCGGGGCAACCAACCAUUGAUCUGGUCCCAAUUUUGGUUGUAAGUUGGGGACCAUAGUAACCUUAUCUUGUGCACACAGAAACUCUGGAACCUACAGAAAAUAUAGGCAGUGUUCCUUGAAAGACAUUUGCUCAGUUCAUCCAUUAGAUGCCAUGGGAAGAAGAAAUAACCUUGAGGAACAGGGGGAAGAGAGGCAACCAGGACAAUAGAUAAAAGAAACCCGAGUCUGGGGCAGAACUGUAACCCGAGAAAGUUUCUCAGACAAAAACCCUCUUUUGUUCUCAGGAAGAUAGAGCAGGAGGGGAAACGUAUUCAUAUUUGCAAGAUUCUAUGACUGUAACCUUAUAAUAAAAGAUGGAUUAGCAUUCAUAA